AUGGCUAGUCUAAGAACGCGACGAGUGGCUACAGGCAGCCCAGGGGCGCCCCAACCGCUGCAAGCAGCGGUAGGAUCCUAUGGAUAUUUCGAGAAAUAUGCCCAGCAGGCACGUACAUUAGUGGAUUAUCAAAAGGGUGGACAUGAACGAUCUGGCGAAAUGAUCGGUACUACUGAAGCUAGAUCCGCUUGUGACCUGCAGAUGACUGAUCAGUCUUCAGAUAUAUUGUAUGAUUUCGUGGUUCAAUUCGACCAAGAGUUGGACAUAUCCGUCGAGCUCAAUACGCCUGUCAUACCCAUAAUAAAUCCGUUGUCGCUCGAUAUGCCUCAAAGCUCAACCGUUAUACCAUUGGGACAAGAGCCAGAUCUUGUUGAUGCGUUUUGGGACGAACUCUUAUCGAAAGAGAAGGAGGAUGCGGUGCAGUCUCAGUCACCAUUAGAUGACGCAUCAGCGAGAGAAUUUUUUCCAGAUAGGACAAGUAUGAUGACUCGUGCGCUACUUGUCGAUGAGGAGCCACUCAACAGCGGCGAUACGCAGAUUAUUGUUCACCAAACUGAACAAGCCGUAUGUUCUACUGAUAGUGGUGAUGUGGUACUCCCAGAAACAUUCUCAAUAUCAAUGAAAAAUGAACCAAAUGCAGAAGUUCAUGCUCGAUAUAUGAGUGAUAUGACUUCAAGUGCACGAUACUUACUUGGAAGAAAAACGAAUGGUGGCAAACAUAAAGCAUAUCCAUCCACAACACAUCCGUAUCAAUUAAAGUCAAAUGACUCUAAUGUUUUUCUGGCGAAUGGAUCAUUGUACUAUCCAAUUGAACCUGUAGACAUGCAACGUGGUUACAAAAGUUAUCAAAAGUUGAUCUUAAUUCGGAAUAAACAAGAUAAAUUAUCCGAGAAACUGGGCGUUUAUUCUGCAAACGAGAUUGUAUUUUCUGAGGAGGUAGUAUAUCAAGGAAGACCAGUAAAGAACAUUGUAAUCGAUAUGAAUCUGCAAGUAUCAAGACUAGCGUUUGAUAUAGUGCUCAAAACUGCUGAUGGUACUCUCAUUCCAACUGGCGUUAUGUGUAUAUCAAAUGAAAUAAUCGAAGGUAAGGAACUUCGUUAUUUGCGGAAAAGACUACAUGUACUAAACUUAAUACUGCUUGUACCACCAAAAUCAGCAAAAACAAAACGGUCAAAUGGUGCUGUUAUAGUCAGUGAUGGUGAUGAUGGUGCUGUAUGCCCAAACUGUGAUUCGUUCGUAUCAUUAUCAUCAAGUUCUGGUUCUAACAAAAGACUACGCACUCAAUAG